UUUUCCACUGCCGCUGAUGUCUGUGUUCUCCCCGUUUUAAGAGACAAAGGUCAGAAAGAGAAGCUUAUAAGCAAGCUGAAAUCUAGACUACCGACGCGUCCAGCCCUCAGUCUCUCUCACGGACACCGGAGGACACGGACAAGACGGAACGGACAAGGGACCGAGCGAUAAGGACAUUAAAAGGACAAAAUAAAAGAAAAAAUCACAUCAACAGAACAGAAUGGCUCAAAAAGAGAAACUUCAGUGCCUGAAGGACUUCCACAAGGACACGCUGAAGCCGUCUCCUGGAAAAAGCCCUGGCACCAGGCCUGAAGACGAGGCCGAGGGCAAACACCCGCAGCGGGAGAAGUGGGCCAGCAAGCUGGACUUUGUUCUGUCUGUUGCUGGCGGAUUUGUAGGUUUAGGGAAUGUCUGGCGUUUCCCGUACCUCUGCUAUAAGAAUGGUGGAGGUGCAUUUCUCAUCCCCUACUUCAUUUUCCUGUUUGGCGGAGGUCUGCCAGUCUUCUUCCUGGAGGUUGCCUUGGGGCAGUUCACCUCUGAGGGUGGCAUCACCUGCUGGGAGAAGCUCUGCCCCAUCUUUACUGGUAUUGGUUACGCCUCCAUUGUGAUCGUGUCCCUGCUGAAUAUCUACUACAUCGUCAUCCUGGCCUGGGGUCUCUACUAUCUGUUCCAGUGUUUUCAGCCGGAGCUGCCCUGGGCCAAGUGCAAUCAGCCCUGGAACACCAACCGCUGCAUUGAGGACACCUACCGCAAGAACAAAACCCUCUGGCUGGCCGCCAACACCUCCAACUUCACCUCCCCCGUCACCGAGUUCUGGGAACAUAAUGUGCUGGGUAUCACCAAUGGUAUAGAGCAGAUUGGUACCAUCAAAUGGGACCUGGCUCUGUGUUUACUGCUUGUUUGGGUCAUCUGUUUCUUCUGCAUCUGGAAGGGCGUCAAGUCCACCGGCAAGGUGGUCUACAUCACCGCCACGUUCCCAUUCGUCAUGCUCAUCGUCUUGUUGAUUCGUGGUGUGACACUGCCAGGUGCUUAUGAGGGCAUCAAGUUCUACUUGUACCCUGAUCUCGCUCGCCUGAAGGACCCAGAGGUCUGGAUUGAUGCCGGCACUCAGAUCUUCUUCUCCUACGCCAUCUGUUUGGGCGCCAUGACGUCCUUGGGGAGCUACAACAAGUACAAAUACAACUGCUACAGGGACUGUUUGCUGCUGGGAGCCCUCAACAGUGGUACCAGUUUUGUGUCUGGCUUCGCAAUAUUUUCCGUCCUGGGCUUCAUGGCACAAGAGCAAGGGGUGGACAUUGCUGAUGUGGCAGAGUCAGGUCCAGGCCUGGCGUUCAUUGCCUACCCCAAGGCUGUAACCAUGAUGCCUUUUCCUACAGUCUGGGCAAUUCUCUUCUUCAUUAUGCUGCUGCUGCUUGGCCUCGACAGUCAGUUUGUGGAGGUGGAAGGGCAGAUCACAUCACUGGUGGAUCUGUAUCCGUCCUUCCUAAGGAAGGGUUACCGCAGAGAGGUCUUCAUCGCUAUCAUCUGCUGCAUCAGCUACCUGCUUGGACUCACCAUGGUUACCAAGGGUGGCAUGUAUGUUUUCCAGCUGUUUGACUACUAUGCAGCGAGCGGUGUGUGCCUUCUGUGGGUGGCAUUCUUUGAAUGUAUAGCUGUUGCCUGGGUUUAUGGCGUUGAUAAUUUCUAUGAUGCUCUUGAGGACAUGAUGGGCUACAGACCAAAUCCUUGGAUGAAAUGGAGCUGGACUGUUAUCACUCCUUUACUGUGCAUGGGCUGCUUUAUCUUCUCCUUGGUCAAAUACAAGCCAUUGACGUACAACAAGAUCUACGAGUAUCCUGACUGGGCCAUUGGAAUAGGUUGGACUCUGGCCUUGGCCUCCAUGAUCUGCAUCCCCAUGGUGGUCGUCAUCAAGAUCAUCCGAUCUGAUGGGCCGCUCAUUGAGAGGAUUAAGGCGGUGGCAGCCCCGGUUCGCGGCGGAGCCAGCUCCCGUCCCGCAGACCAUCGUGGCCUCAAGGAGCUCUCCUGCCCCUUGGACCCCAACGGGAACAAGGGCCUGCUGAUGAAGGCCCCCACCCACACCAUCGUAGAAACCAUGAUGUAAAGGAGUGAGGCGGAGGCUCUCCAUGAGAUCGCUCUCCUCUCCUCUCCUGUCCUCUGAAAUGCUUCUAAAGCUAGCUAGCUUUCUGUCUCUCUGUCUGUCUGGUGGACUGAAAAGGGUUUUAAGGAAAAAAAUGUUCCCAUUCAAAUCUUUUAGGAAUACUUUGGAAGUUGUUUGCUCUUGGUGGUUUUCUUCAAAGGGCCGCAUUACAUUUAAAAUCUAUUUCUGAUUUACUCCCAGGCUGUUUGCUUUUCCCUUUUUUGAGACACAACGGGAAAAGCAUUCCUCCAUAAAUCACUGACACUUGUUUAUUUUGGCUGUUCUUGGAACAUGUUCGCUCUUUGGAGAGGGUGUACAGAUCUGAGGGUACUUGCCAUAGGGGUCAACUUGGCUUAAUCUGUUCCACUUUGCUCAGCUGAUGCUUUCAAAGAAACAAGUGAAAGCAUUAUUUUAUCCUUGUCAAAAUUAAGGAACUUCAGACCAGCAGUAGAGCAAAUAUUUUAUAAAUGUCACAUGCUAGCUUGACUGCAGAAUCAUCACUCAAAAGUGAAGUUAAUGUAUCUUGCACAUUUCAUUUGACAAGCAUAGACUUAUUGUGCUUUGCAAAUAAAAGUAGGCGGCAUGCAUGUUAAAAACUUAGUGCAUAUCUGACUAGAUGGGGCAAAAUUCGAGAACAUUUGCACCCCAAGAUAUUUCACCAAUCAAAAGACAAACUAGUAAGUACAUUUGCAUCAUCUUAGAAAAGGUUAAGCCAUUGUCUGAAUCCAAACUAAAUUGGACUUUUAAAAUGCAUAGCAACAUGUAAGUCCAGCUGAAAUUGCACCAAAAUGAAUUUCUCAAAGCUGGACUAAGACAUCCUGAUAUUGUACUAGGAGAUCAAUAUUUUCCUGCAGAUAUACACCUGCAGACCCAAACUGGACUUUGUAUUCUGGGUGUUCCCCAUAGCCUCUGCACCAGGCAAAAAUGCCAACUAUUGCAAAAGUGGUAUUGUGGUCUGCCUUUGCUUAUCACAAGAUAGGCACAUGACAAGCAUUGGAAUUGUACUGAAAUUAAAGCACAGGCCAUGCAAGUAAUUCACAGAGCUGUUACAUUUUCCAUAUUUUCACCAUUUCAUAUAGAACCAGUGAGGUGCUUGCACAAUCAACUAGAAAAUGGUUGAGUUUUAAGCUUAAAGGGAGCAUGACAUCCCCUACUAGAACAUGCAUUUUUCACCAAUGCAUGUGUACUUGAAUAAGGACAGGAGUCCAAAUACAUUUUAUUGAAUAGAAUUGGUUUUAAAGAUUUUGAAAAACGACAUCAUGAUUUAGAUUUUAAAAGUUAUUGGCCAGGCUUCAUCUGGUCCGUCCACAAGGACAAGGUUACAAAUUCCAAAACGUUUGUUUUAUGGCCUAAAUGUAAAGGAAUGUUUUAGGACCCAGCUUCAUGUAGACUUUCUUAUUUUCUAUGAAUACCCAAAGAAGAAAGUGACUAAAGUUUUCUGUUGACUCUUCUGGUUAACUCGGAAACUUGCUUUGCUUCUGGUCUGACUCCCACCAAGCCCCUAAUGGAACAUUAACUGGAAGAAUUAGAACAAGCUUCUUGUCAAGACUAGAAACUACCCAAUGCUUACUGGAAAGUUUCUAGAGCAUAUGAGAAAGUUUCUGGUAUGCAUGAGUUAGUUUUGUGUGCAAGCACCAUGUAGUUUCUAGUUGUCAUGAGAAACUUUUAAGGGUGCAAAAGAAAGUGUUUUCUAAUUAUUGAUCCCUUAAGUGCUCUGCAAAACUCACCUUUAGACAUGUAAAGCAGCAUGUCAUCAGCAAAAACCAUCCUGAAAUUCAUUUUAUUGUUUUUCAACUGCACUUGACUAUAUUCUCAGUGAGCAAACUUGAACAGAUUUGCCAUUUUCUUUUUCUCAAAUGCAACUUUUAAUUGUCCGAAACCCUGGUUAGUUACAACAGGUUGAUUUUAACAGCCCAACCAACCAAACUAGACGAAUCACCCAAAGUAAGUCCCUACUCCUUCGCCGCUGCCUUCUCCCUUUUAAUCACUGAACAGCCAGGAUGGUAAAACAAGUGAAAAGCAUCCAUUAUCUGACACAGCCAUGAUAACCUACCCCCCUUACCAAACCAGAAUCCUGGUUCUUAAACGCACCUUAGCUUGAGUAUCCCCAUCGUCCGUAGUCGUGAGCUACGGGUCAAAGAGAAAACGAGCACUGAGACUGUGUCAGGGGAAACGGGCUCCUGCACAAAGAACGAGGUAUCUGAAAGGAUUUGAAUUGUGGAGGUUGAACCCUUGAGUGUUGUCUGUGGCGUACUGUACAGUAGUAGCUAAUCAGUCUAUCUAUAUCUAUCUAUCUUUCUCUGUCCUAGACCAGUUUACAGUACAUUAGUGACUGCACUAGGCACUCUUGGCUUACAUUUUUGGAUUGGAUUUGUUUUAUUUUCUACAGAGGAAGUUACAUUAUUACUAGUUUUUCCUCUGUCGAUGUUUAGAUUUUUUUUUUAUUAAGACUAUAAUGUUAUUGGUAUUCACUAUUGGUGAUAAUUGCUGUAGUUUUACAUAGAAGAAGGAACACUUCUUUCAUCUGGUGAAAAUACUAAGCUAUUAUACAAAUCAUACAUUUACAGUGGCAGCCAUUGUAGUAAGAGACCUUUCACGCAUUUGUCCUGCCAAUUAUUCUGUCUUUAGGCAAACAAGCAAUGCAACAGAGUUUUCUCAAAUACUUUCUCUUGUGGGGAUGUGGGUCAAAGUUCAACAGGCAGUUCAAUGUACAGUCAAAAAUGGGAAUUCUACAAUGGCUCCAUGUGUAAGUUUGUAGGUAUUUGGGGGUUUAUAGCUUUCUCUCUUUUGUAAAUACCAGGGGACAGUAUUUAAUUUGGUUAAACUCAGCCUGGCACGGUGCUGUCAAUGGUUAAACUACAUCUCGAUGACUCACUGACUCAAAGACACCAAUGGUUGGGUCGCACUCCCAACGAAUCAGUCGAUGUAGACCGUCCACUCGUCUGAGAGUCAAGCUGCUCUCCAGUCACUGUGAAAUGUGGCAGCUGGCUGCAGACGGGCCAGAGCCAAUGAAUGACUGAGUUUGGAAAUGCAACAGACACCAUGUUACCUUGGAAACAGAGCUAAAGAGAUUCAUUUCAACAAAGGAACCCCAGCCAAGUAGAGUUGUAGCGCUUAAUCAAUCACAAAGAAUGCAGCAUCAUAUUUUGUGAUAAUCAUUUGACCAAAAUGUGGAUAUUUUCAAGCAAAACGUCAAACUUCUGCUGGAUCCUGCAUAUCAAGUCUGACAAAUUUGCUCCAGUUUUUAGAUUUUGAAUUGUUGGUUUGAACAUCAUAUCUCAACAGCAUGCAAACGACAGAUAUUGCUUCAUAUCACUGUCAAAAUUGCAACCCAUAGUUCUCUUACCGGUUAAAUUACAGUCUCCCCUUAAAGUAUGACAUCUACUGCUGUUUUUUCCAAAGAUGGAGAAAUAGAAGCAUGGUGCUUUGUUCAACUGCAUUCUCCAAGGCCAAGUUUUUUCUGCUGCCACCAGUGAAUCUCAGUGAAAGAAGUUAAAAUUAGAACCUGGAAAAUCAGCUAUAGGCAUCCAUGCUCAUUUGGCCUUUGCGGGACAUCGAGUCCAGUCUUGAGCCCUAAAGACCCCCAAGCCUGGUCAUGUUUAUCAAGUUCAAACUUUUUAUUUUGUAUAUCAUCACUGGCAACAUGAUUUGGAAUCCAGUUCACUCUGUGCUAAAAUUUUGCACAAGCACAGUGGGGGCCAAUAUGUAAAACCGCGACACUGCAGCUUGCACCACUGUUCAUACGUAAAGCAAACCACUGUCCUAUUUUGACAUGUGUUGGUACCAUCUUAACUGCCACUGCGAGUGCUGACGUUCAGGCCAGGUAUGUUUAAUUCACCAAUCAGCUGGUCUUGGCACCAUAGAGACCUACCUGUGUUUUCCUUACACGCCAUACAAUCCAAAAGAAAAUAAAAAUAGCUUCCCUAUUUCUGUUUACAACCAGCUCAUAUUUGCAAGAUAAAAAGAAAUGAUGAGAAAAGAAAGACCUGACGCUAACGCCAUAAAACAGGAAGUAGGAGAGAAAGACGAAUGCAUUAGAGAUUGAUUGGUGUGAGCAUCCCUUUUUGGUCAGUCAGAAAACAGCAACAAAAAUAAUUCUUCUAAGUCUCUGCUGUUUUCUGACCCCCUUCUGAUGCUAGAAAAGGAAAGUAAGAACCAGGUGUCGGAGUAAAAAUGGGACAUUACAUCUUGCUGCAUGGCAUCCGAACACGCCAAUGGGAAACAAUAAUUUUGCCACCAAUGCUUGUUUGCAUUGCCAAGUUUCUCCUGACUUUAUUUCUACAAGAGCUCUUGAAUUUGUUGGCAUCAAAAGGUUGCUUUUAAAGAAAAGCCUUGUCCAAACUCUAUCAGUCAUUGGUCCUCUGAGAAAACCCUCGUAUGAUACUUAAACAAGACAUGUAUCAACUCUGGCUGACUUUUUUAAAUGAAACAAGACAACCAAACUCCAUUUCCUUCUCCAUGACUAAAGAGGGCCAUAAUACUGACCAUGUGAACCAUCGACAACAGAGCAAAGCAGACUAUCUGAGAAGUACAAUUACAGCUGUUAACUUCAUUUUAAUAUGUCUGUGUAACAAGGGGUAUCCCACGUGUAUGUGUCACCAGCGACCAUCCACUCAGGACCUUCUCUGUAGUGCUUUUUAUCUACUGUAAAGCUGCAUAAACCCAGCGUCCAAAAAAUCAGACUCAUAACUGUGGGUGACAAAGAGCUGACGUUAAACGGUAGCAAUCAAAACUGAUGUUUCUGCGCAGCUCGAAAAGCCACUAGAUUGGUUCUUUGUCACGCUGAAUGGAAAAUCACACACCUUAACUGCCUAAGUUACCCACAAUCGGAGGCAAAAACGUAGAGAGAGUGAGUCAAAGUGAGUUUUUAUUGCACCUUAUUUGUAUAAUUUGGACUUCAUAUCAAAUCACGAGGCCAAAAAUCAACAAAAUAACACUGCCAUCUUUUAUUCAGGGUCCUCAUUGGCCUCAAUGGUGAAAAAAUCUGAAUGUUGUUUCAACUUUUUAGCUUUUGGUGCUUCUGUUCUCCCAAAAGCAGACAUAUUAAAAUAGAUCAAACCUCAAUAAACAUCAACCCACAUCAAGUACACAACAAUACAGACACAUUUCAGGAAUUUGACUAACAGCAUCACAUCAGUAGUAAUUGUGAGACCAGGGCCUCAUUUUGUGUGACGUGUAAGCUUUUUGUCUGUUUCUUUUCGUAGAACAAUCUAGUUCAUAUCAUUAAAAGGGAUUUGUGAAACCAAAUCCACAGCAGACAUCUAUUUUCAUACAGUAACAAACUUUUCCUAUAUAAGUCGUCUUUGUACAGUUACGCUCCCAUUGCAGACCUCCCAUUUUAAUACAAAGCUUGGUUUUAAUCGUAAACUUUUGUACAGAGUCUGGUUCUCGGGUUUCCAGAAUGAUCUUUGCUCUGAGGUUUGAGAAUGCAUGAAAGCUAAAAGAUGUGUCUUUACCCUCAUUGAUGGAAGAAUGACAAUAGACCAUACUCCCAUGGAAGCUCCUGUUGAGCGUCUUUAUCUAUGUUUGCUUUGGAUCCAGAACCUUCUAAGGGGCGUUCAUGUCCUAUUUUGAUUUGUUAGAAAAAUAAACUUGGAGGUUGACUGGAUGAUCAUUCUGCCACUGGCCAAUCAGAGCCAAAAAACAUAUGAUAUAGUCGGUGUCCACCACCCUCAGGACUGCGGUGAACGAGUUUGACCAGUUGGUGAAUGAACCAAACCAUUGCUGAAGUCAGUCAGGAGAGGAGGAGAACAUCUUUUCCACCCCCCCCACACACACACACACACAAAAAAAAAUCAUCCAGUGGGGUUCUUUGCUCUUCUUUUACUAAAGAAAUGCUCAGAUCAAACUGCUGCUGUAGCUGCAUCCAUGAUGAUCCCUUCACAGGUGGGGAUUGUUUGCAAGCUUGCAGUCAUUUCAACCAAACCACACCUGUAGCAACUGCUGCUUUCUCCUUGAAUGAUGUAGCCAGGACAAGUGGAUCAGCUGAAACCCUUGCAAGAUGGAUCUGCCUGAUGAAAGAUUUGGAAUUGGGCCAAUCCAUCAGCUUUGCAAUUCUAGUUUGAUAUAUAAACAUCAAGAUUCUGGCAACUUUAUUCCAUUGCUUCCUGUGACAAUUGGAAUGACAUUGGAAUCUCAAAAUUCAAAGAGGGAUUGGACCAGAGCUACCUGAGCUAAUCAAGCUACAAUAUGGCACAAAGGUCAGCAAUCUCAUAAUAGAGGCUGCAAUGAGCUUUGACUUCAAGAUUCGUUCACCGUUCACCUUUAAGUCCAAGUGUGGGUUUGCACCAAACUUGAGGAAAAUCCAUCAGUGCAUUCUUGAAGUAUUGUGUGCACAAAAUUUUGAGCUCAUGGUGACCUUAGACAUCCCUCAAAUGAAAGAAAAAGUGCUCUUGAGGUAUCACAUUCAGAAGCAGGGGAUGAAUAUGAGGUGUAGUGACCUCCACAUUUUGACUGGUUCAUCCUGGAGUCGGAGUGAAUAGUUGGGCAAAGUUUGUAGAAAGUGUAGAAAGUUCUUUAGAUAUGUCUCAGGGACAUGUCUGCUGUGGGAAUAUGGUCUGUUUUGUAAAACAAAUGAAAACCUGCCAUCUGAUUUGUUCAUGCCGGUUUUCUAAUUUGUUGCAUCAAUGAAAUUUGAAGUUUUUCCUCUGGAAAUUCUAGAAUAAUGACUAUCGCAUGGUCCUAAACCAAAAACUGGAAACUGCAAUGUCUGAAAUUAGAAAUAUGAUUGCAAAAAGUGAACACAAAAUAUUUUGUUCAGCCGUAUCAAUGAUGUUUUCAACCCUUGGACUGAAUGCAAUCUUUCCCUCGUGCAAAGAUCCUUCUUUAGUUGGGGAAACAUGGACCAGAAAUAACUAAUGCAGUCAUUUAUCAGAUUAUUCUGCCUCUUUGUGUGUAUUCCCACCGUGUACCAGUCCUUCUGCCUUCUUACACUCCCCAUCAGUUAGCCUACGUAACCCCUCCGUCACCCUAAGCUAACCCUUUUUUCUCAGAGAUGAUGAAUUUGCAAGAGAAUUGAAGCAUUACCCAUGCACAAGUUUUUACCGCCGAAUGUUGAAAUGUGAAAGCCACUCCCGGGGUGGAUGUAAAAGUCUCUGAAGAUUUACCUUUUUAGGGUGAAAAAAAGAGAUGAUUUCUUUUUAUUUUCAUGAUCUUGUUUUAUUGAAUUCAGCAGUUUUCUUGUCUUAUUUUGUUUUUGAUUGUCUGUCACAUUGCCUUUUGUAUUCCAAAUAUUUGAACCUCUGUCAUUGGAGUAACAUGUACAACUAUCAAUCAAAAAGCAAACAAAAAAAAGCUACAAUUUGUUACGUGCAAUACUUUGUAGGAUACUUUUAUUUUUCAUGCUGAGGUAAUUUUUGAAGGAUGACGAUAGCCUGUGAAUUCUUGAAGAAGAAAAUUUGAAUCUUCAGGGUCCAGUUCGAUUAAAAGCUGCCACAAAAUGCUCCGCAGUGUGGGACGAAACCAAACUAGACCACUAUUCCAUCAAAGAUCGUGUGGUUUGAAAUGCACUGAGAAUAAAAUGAUUUGUAAACUUUGUCACAUUAAACUAAAUUGCUUUUGAA